AUGACGCGGGUACUUGGAGCAUCGAAUCCCGGUGCUCCACUCGAUCGCGUCCGCCUACUCCGCCGCGCCGGCUAUGGCUGCCGUCCUCCUCCUCUGUUGCAACCCCUCCACUCCUCCCCAAACCCUCGGAACCUCUCCGGCACUACCGCUGUGCUCCGAGAGCCCUCCUCCAGCCUGAACCACCGGUUCUACCCCCAGGAGAUCAUCCGGACCAGAGCCGGCCUCAUCUGCGAAGCCGAUGGAGCCCGCCCCGAGAUCCGUCUCGUUCGCCUUCACUGCUGGAGAACCGACCCGGAUAGGGCUGUUGGGCUAUUCGCCAGGUCGCACGCGUUCGACGUCGCGUCGAGGGCAUGGAUAUACACCAUGGAGAGGGAAAAAUACUCCAUCUUUCUCACCAAGUUCAUGAUCGUCUUCGUCGACAUCGAGCACCUAGUGACGUAUUGUGCGGCGGGAAGUACCGGGAGGUGA